GAUCCCGAAUUAAUAAUCAUAUUUACGUGAUAUAUUUACAUAGUGUAAACCUAUUUCCGAUCCCGAAUUAAAUCAUAUUUACAUGGUGUAAACCUAUUUCCGAUCCUGAAUUAAAUCAUAUUUACGUGAUAUAUUUACAUAGUGUAAACCUAUUUUCUUAUACCGAAUUAAAUCACAUUUACACGGAUUUUAUUCUCUUAACUUCUAGGCCUGUCGUCCUCCUUACGAUGGAAAGGCUGCUCGUCUACCUCCUGGUAAUUAGCGCAACCACCGAGGCCAUGAUGUGUCCCAAACGCUGCAUGUGCCAAAACCUGGCUCCGUCCUUCACCAUCCUGUGCACCAAGACCGGGCUCCUCUUCGUGCCCGCCCAGCAUCGACCGCCGCAACGGCGGAAGCUGCGCCUCAUGGACAACUUCAUCACCAUCCGGCGGAAGGAUUUCGCCAACAUGACCAAACUUGAUCCACUUACGCUGUCGAGGAACACGAUCAGUCAGAUCAUGCCUUACGCCUUUCUCGAUCUCAAAGGCCUCCACGCCUUGCACUUGGAUAGCAAUCGGUUGACGUACAUCAACGAAGAUCAUUUCAAAGGUUUAAUUAACCUCCGUCAUUUAAUACUCAGUACAAACCAGCUGAACUACAUCUCCCCCGGGUCGCUGGAUGAUUUCACCGAAACCAUCGAAGACCUCGACUUGUCUUACAACAACCUCGUCAACGUCCCUUGGGAGACCAUCGCCAAGCUGACCAACGUCAACACGGUCAGUUUGGACCAUAAUCUCAUUGAGUUUGUGCCCGAGGGGAUCUUCUCCAACCUCCACAAAACUCGCUCCCGCUUGGACAUGACCUCCAACAAGCUGAAAAAGAUCCCUCCGGACCCUUUGUUUUCCAGAAUCCCCGUCUACGCCAAGUCCAAGGGGUCCUCGCUCUCCUCCUUGGUGCUGAGUUUUUGGGGCGGGAACCCUUUGCAUUGCAACUGCGAGCUCGUCUGGUUGCGGCGCCCUAACGAGGAGGAGGACGAUCUCGAGACCUGCGCUUCGCCCCCCGAGCUCAUGGGCAAGUACUUCUGGUCCAUCAAGGAGGAGGAAUUCGUCUGCGAGCCCCCCAUGAUAACGCACCGCACGCCCAAAAAUACGGCGACCUACGAGGGGCAAAGCGUCUCGUUGAAGUGCAAAGCCGUCGGCGAUCCGGAUCCGUACGUCCGCUGGAUCGCGCCCGACGGGAAGUUGGUGUCCAACACCUCCAGGACGGUUUCAUACGAAAACGGCACUCUGGAUAUUUUGGGUGGCCUCGUUGGUGGUGACAAGGGGACGUUCACCUGCAUCGCGUCCAAUGCCGCCGGGGGACGACGACGGCUCCGGUUGAGCCUCCUGGUUGCCCCGUAUCCCAACCUGGCCAACAGCACCAACUGCGACAAAGACGCGGAGCCGGGGCCCUCGGAUAUCCUCUCAUCGGCUAAGUCCAGCUUUCCCAACGAGACCAAGGCCCAGCAGGACAAGGGGGUGGUGGUGGCCGAGCUGACGGCUUCGUCGGCGCUGAUCCAGUGGCCGCCUCAGCAUCACCUCCCCGGGAUCCGCAUGUACCAGAUCCCAGUACAACAGCGGACCGAUGACAUCUUGGUGUACAGGAUGAUCCCGGCGGCAAGUAAAUCCUUCCUAUUGACCGAUCUGGUUGCCGGCCGCUCCUACGACCUGUGCGUCCUCUCCGUGCGCGACGACGCCUUGACGUCACUUCCGGCCACCGAGGUGCUGGGCUGCGUGGCCUUCACCACCCACGAGGAAUUCAAGCAGUGCCGCUCCCUCCACGCCCAGUUCCUCGGCGGCACCAUGAUCAUCAUCAUCGGCGGCAUCAUCGUGGCCUCGGUUCUCGUCUUCAUCUUCAUCCUCCUCAUGAAGUACAAAGUCUACAACAACCACCACAAGAACAAGGCCGCCAAAGUCAACAACGUGUGCUCGCAAACCAACGGCGCCUCCAUGGCUCGUUCCUCCUCCAAAAUUACGAGACGAGGGACAGUUUUGAACCAAGACUGCCCGGGCUCUUCCGGUAAAGCCAAGACUAUCGUAGACUUGGACGGCGCCAAAAGCCGCCGAGGCGCCGUCCUAAGGCCGGGACCAUUUUAAGCUUCACUCUUGUCUAUUUUUAAGCUCAGAUGGUUUAAAGAAAAGAAGCUAUUUUUUUAAUCCGUAGACGAUUCUCGCAUUCUUAACCGAUUUUAUUUGGAGAUAUUAAACCGAAGCGUGCGAUUC